CUCCUCUUUGGUCCCCAAAGCAACACCCCCAGGCCAGGCUGGGGAGUCUGACUUGGCAAACCCUAUGGGGAAUCAGGAGCAACAAACACUCCCCAGCCUCCCAGAUGGUGCAGUGGCAGACAGCUCUGAAACCUCCUCAGGCAGCAAAGGCAGCAGCACAAAUUUCUUUAAACAAAUGAUGCAAUACUAUGAAGAUUUCAGGAAUCAACCACUGUUAAAACUUUGGUUAGGACCAUUGCCUUUUCUGUUUUUAUAUCACCCAGAUACUGUCGAGGCUAUUCUAAGCAGUUCGAAACACAUUGAAAAAUCCUAUCUAUACAAAUUUCUGCAUCCAUGGCUUGGCACAGGACUUCUAACGAGCACUGGAGAUAAGUGGCGUUCCAGAAGGAAAAUGAUAACUCCCACGUUCCACUUCACAAUCUUAGCUGAUUUCCUAGAAGUUAUGAAUGAACAAGCCAAUAUUUUGGUUGAUAAACUUGAAAAGCAUGUUGACAAAGAGCCCUUUGAUUGCUUUCUAGACAUCACGCUCUGUGCCCUGGAUAUAAUCUGUGAAACUGCGAUGGGCAAGAAUGUGGGUGCACAGAACAAUAGGGAUUCUGAAUAUGUCCGUGCUGUUUAUAAGAUGAGUGACGUCCUUCAACAGAGACAAAGGUGUCCUUGGCUUUGGCCUGACUUUAUGUACUAUAUGUUCCAAGAAGGAAGGGAACAUAAUAGAAGUCUCAAGAUUCUUCACAUUUUUACUGACAAUGUUAUUGCAGAAAAAUCCCAUGAAAUAAAGAUACAUGAACAACAUAAAAUUGACUUUGAAGGCAAAUGUGAACAAAGUGGGUCCAAAAAGAGAAGAGCUUUUCUUGAUAUGCUUCUGAAUGCAACUGAUGACAAAGGAAACAGACUGAGCUACAUGGAUAUUCGAGAGGAAGUGGAUACUUUCAUGUUUGAGGGGCAUGAUACAACAGCUGCUGCUAUGAACUGGGCCAUCUACUUACUUGGAUGUCAUCCUGAUGCCCAGAAGAAAGUUCACAGAGAAUUGGAUGAAGUGUUUGGGAACUCUGACCGGCCUGUCACAAUGGAUGACUUGAAGAAGCUCCGAUAUCUUGAGUGUGUUGUUAAGGAAGCCCUUCGGCUCUUCCCUUCUGUUCCAUCCUUUGCCCGGACCACAAGUGAAGAUUGCCAUAUUAAAGGAUUUAAGAUACCAAAAGGUACACAGGUAGUCAUUGUUACUUACGCACUGCACAGAGAUCCAGAGGUUUUCCCAGACCCUGAGGAAUUCAGGCCUGAGCGAUUCUUCCCUGAGAAUUCUAGUGGAAGGCAUCCAUAUGCAUAUGUGCCCUUCUCUGCUGGAUCCAGAAACUGCAUUGGCCAACGCUUUGCACUGAUGGAAGAGAAAGCUGUUCUAGCCAUCAUCCUACGGCACUUUUGGGUGGAGACAAGUCAAAAGAGAGAAGAACUUGGUUUGGUCUCAGAACUAAUUCUUCGCCCAAAUAAGGGCAUCUGGAUCCAGCUGAAGAGGAGAAGAGAGAGUGUGUCAUAAGAAAGUUCACAAGGAUUUUAGAUCCUAAAACAUGUACUCAGCAAUAUCCUGUAGUUCACUGAUCUUUGAUCACACAAAAAGAUUUAACAGAAUUGUAAAUAUAUCAAAAUAUUUCAGAACCUCUAGGCCUUUUGUACUAUAAAUAUUUAACUCAGGAUAUGAUCUUUCCCUCCCAUUCAGUUGGCUCAGGAUGUAUCAAAGUAGCGUUGACAUUUGAACAUCUUAUAUCCUUACUAAUCAUUGUCUUGGUACUUUACAUCACUUUCUCUGAGACCACCAUUCAUGUUGCUCCAUGAAAUGGUCAGCUGACUGACUUCUCCCCCUUGAGGAAAAGUUGCGGGACAUGUCCAGCUUCCACUCUCCCAAGGGUGAGGGUAUGAAGGUGGUCUUCCAUCCAUAGUCUCUUAAUUGCCAACACAAGGUACUGUUACAGUCUUCAUUAGAAUAUUUUUGGUGGACAACUCCAUAGCUUAUGUGAGAGAAAUCAGACAACUAUAGUUCUUGCAUGGAAUUGUAGCCUUGAGAGGCUAAAUGUAGAAAUCUUUAUGUGAAUUUGGAGCUACCUGAAAAGAAUGAGCCAGAUCCUCAGCUGGUGUGAAUCAACUUAGCUCUAUGGUCUACAGUGUUGCUGUGUGAGUUUUCACCAGCUCAGGAUCUGGUUCAGUAUAUUUAGUGAUUAUUCAUCCAACAUUGUUUUUUUUUGUUAUCGAGUUCAUUCUGCAAUUUAUGGCAUGUCCCAAACUCUCCUCUCACUUAAAUCAGUGCAGUUUUACUGGCUUCAAUAGAGUUAUCUCUGUGUGAAUGAGGGGAGAAUUUCAUAAAUGACUUCCAGUGUGCCUAUUGAAGGGAGAGAAAUAUAUUUUCCAAAAUGUAUGUGUUUUCCACAGUUAUCUUUGAAUGUUAUUGUGGCCUUGAUUGUCAGAUUAAUUUGUAACAUAACUUGUAUUAUACAGUAUGAUAUAAUACAUUCAGCUAACAGUCAAAUCUGGUUGAGAUUUAUGUAAACCUCUGUAUUUAAAUGAUACUGACGGCCUUUACAAAUAGUUAUAAAUUAUUAGAAUGGAUUUUUUGUUCACUUUCUGGCACUUGACUCACAAAAGCAAUCAGUAGAUGGGCUUCUUUCCUUAGGAUAAAAAGAAAAUCGAGGUAGCCUGGAUGCUGAGCUACCUCCCUUAAUAGAGAAGUUACACUAGCACAAGGUGGAUCUGUGUUUGCCUGCACAAAGUGAGAAUUUUGAUUGCCAGCACAAAUAAUUGUAACAAUUUGACAUUCAGGGUCAAAGUCUGCUAUGAGAUCCAACCCCUGGUCCAAAUCCUACUUGAGUCAGUUGGUGCUACACCUAGUAACUGAGAAUAGAAUUUGACCCACAGCCAUAAAUUACUGCUAGUCUCAUAGGGUGGACAAAGAGCUGACACAGAAGUGAAAUAUCAUGGCAAUUUAUGAUGAUUGUGUACUGUGGGGCUGGGCAGAAAGCUCUUCUUUCUCUCCCCAACUCCAUGCAGCACAACCCUGAUUGGGUGUGGGGGGAGUGCCCCUCAAAAACAAGGACACCGAAUUAACUUGAAAGGGUUUUAGCCAAUGAGCAGACAGGAGGUGGGAUGGUUCAUCAGCCUGGGAAGAUUUAGAGAAGGAAUAAAGAAGAAGCUGGCCAGUAAGCAGUAGCCCUAAGCUGAGGCAAAGAGAGAGACUGAACCUGGAGCUGCUUGGAAGGGAGCCAAUUGCUUGCAAAAGGGGACUCAUAAAUGCACAGCCUGGAGUUCACAGGACAGUUGAGACCACUAUUCUGAGCUCACAGGUUGGACUGACCCAAAGGGGAGGGGAUGGGAUUGCAUUGGCAUGGGGCAGAGAGUCUGUGUGUGUCUAGCCAGCCAGUGGGGGAGGAGCUGUGGCUCUAUCGGGGCAAGAAAGUCUAUAUAACCCCUGCUAGAGAUCCUGACCUAGGUCUACUCCUGGUUUGCUUGGGUUAGGUAACUGUUGUUCUAUUGUUAAGUGUAGUUCAUAUUCCAGGGGUUAACUCUGAUCCCUGUAGGAAAGAGGGUUGGUGUUUGUGCAGAGGUGUCUGGCUGGGACCUGGGACCUCUCUCCCAAUUGUUGGAAUCCUCCACCUUACAAUACUUUCAGAUAGGAAAUAUUGGUAAUGUAUUUAAUGUACCUAACCUUGGUCUAUUUUUAGCUAUCUGGACAAUAUACAUUAUUUUUCAAUAAAGUUUAAUAGUUAAAGAUAUUUUUAAACUGAAGAAAUAUUAAACAGUGAACAUUUCCAUGUGAAAACAUAGUGGUGAUGUUAGAAAAUGGAGAGAUUUAAAAUG